CCAGAAUGAUAUAAACGUAAGAGAUUCCAGUGAAAUGCCUAAAAUUUGAUAUGGCUAUGGCGGCUAAGGUGGAGGGAGCUUUGCCUUAUCUGGGCAUGGUUUUAGCCCAGUUUGCUCAAGUGGGGUUGAUGAUCAUAGGCAAAGCAGCCAUGUCUAGUGGAAUGACCAAUUUCACCUGGGUCUUCUACUCCAAUGCUCUUGCGGCUCUUCUUCUCCUCCCCGCUUUCUUCUUCCAAAGGUCAACUCGUCCUCCACUCACUUUCUCUCUCAUCUGCUGGUUUUUCUUGAUGGGAAUUCUUGGAUGCUCAGCACAGCUUACUGGGUAUACUGGAAUCAACUAUACUUCAUCAUCUUUUGCCUCCGCAAUGCUCAACCUCAUUCCAGGUUUUACUUUUCUUCUUGCCAUCAUUUUCAGAAUGGAAAAACUGGAUCUUGCCAGCUCAAGCACCAUGGCAAAAUGUAUUGGGACUAUUGUGUCAAUUGUUGGAGCAUUCAUUGCUACUCUCUGUAAGGGGCCGCAGAUUUUGACAAACUCUGCCUCUUCAAGAACCAACUUUCACUAUCUUCAUUUACCACAAGUAGACUGGAUUAUUGGAGGAGCAUUCCUGUUAGUUGACUGUCUGGUGUCUUCAGCAUUUCUAGUUGUACAGGCAUCCAUCCUUAAGAAUUACCCAGCAGAGCUUAUUGUGGUCUUCUUUUACUUCUUCUUUACGGCCAUUCUAUCUGCAGUCAUCGCUCUUAUUGUGGGCGGGGACUUAAAUGCAUGGAUGCUAACGCCUGAUAUGAGGUGGCUUGCUGUUCUAUACUCGGGUUUUUUUGGCUCUGCGUUCCAAGUCAGUGUAAUGGUCUGGUGCGUACGCAGGAAGGGACCUGUUUUUGUUGCUCUGUUCCAUCCAUUAGGGAUUGUGAUUGCUGCUGCAUUGGGCAUCAUCUUCUUAGGAGAUAUUUUCUAUGUCGGAAGUUUGGUGGGCUCAGUUAUAAUUGUUAUUGGAUUUUACUGUGUGAUAUGGGGAAAAGCAAAAGAAAUGAAGGUGGCUAAUGACAGUUUGGUGAUAAACAUCGAGUCCAGUGGUGAAAAGGCUCCUCUCUUGGAAAAUAAAGGUGGGGAGAUGGGAAUUUAGUGCCGAAAUCACCGGACCAUGUAAAAUUGAAUGGAUUUAAUUGAAGCAACUUUGUACGCUUCUGUAGAAAAUGCGGGCAUGUGAGACAUAAUCAAUCAAAUGAAGUUGCUCCUCCAAAAAUGUGUAUAGAACUUGGAGGUAAAAGCGUUAUUAUAUGUGCUUCAUUGUUGUACUCUAAAUGCAACACACAUAUCUUGGAGGACUAAUAUACGACUCGUAAAUUACUUCAAUGUUGACUGUUAAAUGUGGUCAUGUUUUUGCAAA